AUGCAUUUUGUUGCAGCACGAAAUUCGUACAAUUGCAUGUGGAAACGAAAGAGCUACUCGGAUAUUCGCUCGUCACCGCAGCGCGUACCGCCGGCUAUGUAUCAGUGGACGACAUGCUCUCAAAAUCUUCGAAACAUUGAGUCGACAUAUAUUCAGGCCAAGAAGCACUACAGAGUCGUGAAAUCUGCUGGUAGUGAAGCUACGCAGAACAUUUCGGCUCUCAUUAAACAGGGCAAGAAAAAGAAGCGGAAUGUCAAAUUCAACACCUCCGAAAGGGAAUAUUUGAACAGGAACGUCAAUGCCGCGCGGUCCUUCCGAUCCAAAUCCAGCUAUGGCGCCGGUUUCGUUCAUCCGCUACGUGAAGCAUUUUUCACCAAUUCACAGCAGGUAAUUUGUACAUUAUAA